AUGUCUGCCUCUCUUCCUGGUAACAGGGACUUGCCCGUCUCUCAAUAUGAUUUGAGCACCUACUGGGGCCGUGUUCGUCAUGCUGCGGACAUUUCUGACCCCCGGACACUCUUGGUGUCGUCCACUGGUCUGGACCAGGCCAAAAGUCUCAUUGCCUUGUAUAAGCAGAACAAGAUCCCUCAUAUGACUCCGGAUCUAUGGAAGGCAAAGAAGGUGGUCGAUUCAACCCUUCACCCAGAUACCGGUGAACCAGUUCUUCUGCCUUUCCGCAUGUCAUGCUAUGUCCUCUCGAAUCUGGUGGUCACUGCGGGCAUGCUCACCCCGGGCCUUGGGACCGCCGGCACCCUCCUCUGGCAAAUCGGCAACCAGUCGCUCAACGUCGCUAUCAACAAUGCCAACGCCAACAAGUCCACCCCUCUCUCUACCUCCCAGAUCGCCAAGUCCUACCUCAUGGCCGUCUCCGCAUCAUGCUCCGUGGCUCUGGGCCUGAACGCCCUCGUUCCGCGUCUGAAAAGCAUCUCGCCCAACACCCGUCUCAUCCUCUCCCGUCUCGUUCCCUUCGCCGCCGUCGCCAGCGCCAGCGCUCUCAAUGUCUUCCUCAUGCGCGGUGAGGAGAUCCGCCAAGGCAUCGACAUCUAUCCCGUCCUGUCGGAGGCUGAGCGCGCCAAGCGCGCGCAGUCCGGUGAGGAUGACGCUCCCCUGCAGAGCCUGGGCAAGAGCAAGAAGGCUGCUACCCUGGCCGUCGGCGAGACCGCCAUCAGCCGUGUGCUCAAUGCCACUCCCAUCAUGGUCCUCCCGCCACUCAUCUUGGUCCGUCUUGAGAAGACCGCCUGGUUGCGCGGCAACCCGCGCUUGGUUCUCCCCGUCAACCUGGGCCUGGUUCUGACCACCUCGCUGUUUGCUCUACCGCUGGCGCUGGCUGCCUUCCCCCAGCGCCAGGCCAUCAGUGCCAGUAGUCUCGAGGAGGAGUUCCAUGGCCGUGGUGGCCAGGAUGGCAUGGUCGAGUUUAACCGUGGCAUGUAA